UGCACCUUUUUCGAGCCUGCGCUUGUUUUCCACAGAUGAACGUGCAGUGAUGUACCAAUCUUGUAUGUAGCUGAGCAGCGCCGGAGCGAUACAAGACGCGCAUGUUGUUAUUUCAUCUCCAUGCUGCAGAUCGGGUUUCAGUGGAUUGGCCGAGCUAAAUGCCACUCACUGCACUCCCCCCUGCCUGCAUGGUAUAAACAGCAUGGCCAGCGCACAUUCCGGUGGCUCUAAAUAUAUCUGUUAAGGCCACAGGAGGAGGAGGAGGUGGGGGUGCUGGGAGGUUUAUCCUGGGACAUUUCCCCGGCGUGGUCGACCCGCACCCACUUGAAUUAUCUCCCGGAAGAUUGACAAUCGGCUGUCGCGUCCACAGAGGCGAACUUGGCCCCAUCCAGACAUGCCCUCCACUAACAAUGCGCGGUCCAGGGCGCGGGAGAGAAACAACGUCCUGAGCAGACCUGAGUUCAUGUCCUUGAACCAACCGCUCCCCCGCGGCCCCGGUCCCGGCCCCUCCGAGAGCCGAGGCAGCGCCCGGCGACCGGGCCAAAACAAGCCGCAAGCAAGCCAGCCGAGCGAGGAACCUACCGACACUGGCAGCAGGAUGCCGGAGGAGGACUGCAUGCAGCUGAACCCUUCAUUCAAGGGAAUCGCCAUCAACUCCCUCCUCGCCAUUGACAUCUGUCUGUCCAAGCGCAUGGGGGUGUGCGCCUACACGUCGUCCUCGUGUGGAGGCUGCCGCUCCAUGGUCACCCUCUUAGCGCUCACUGGGCACGGCAUCACGUGGAUCAUUGGCACUAUCGUGUGCCUCACACGGAGUAACACUCUGGCUGGACAAGAGGUCCUGGUCAACCUGCUGCUUGCCCUCAUCCUUGAUGUCAUGACGGUGGCUGGAGUCCAGAGACUGGUGAAGCGCAGGGGUCCCUGGGAGAUGAUGCCGGGCUUAAUGGACUGCAUCGCCAUGGACCUCUACUCCUUCCCGGCGGCUCACGCCAGCCGAGCCGCUCUGGUUUCCAAGUUUUUGCUGUCCCACCUGGUGUUGGCUGUGCCGCUUCGCAUCCUGCUGGUGCUGUGGGCCUUCCUGGUGGGCAUUUCGCGGGUGCUGCUGGGGAAGCACCACCUCACCGACAUGGUGUGCGGCUUUGCGCUGGGCCUGCUCCACUUCAGCCUGAUGGAGUCGGUGUGGCUGUCAUCCAGCACCUGCCAGACUCUCAUUUCAAUAAGCACAUUCAGCUGGAGCCCUUUGAUCUGAGCUCCUGAUAAAAAGCUACGCUUGCACGCUCUGCAUAUUUGAUACACUAACCCUGCUAUAUGAAGGACUUCGAAAGGUUUUCUAAGUUAUUUUUCUAAGGGUCUGAAGUUGCAGGCUGUGAAUGGGGAAGCACUAAUAUCUGGAUGCACAUGCUGGCUUGCAUGUAAUGCUUCACAAACCCUAGUAUCUCCAGUCAGGCCUCUACUGCUUCUUCAUAGUAAAGGGAAAAAAUAUGGCGACUGCAAACUGACAAUAAUUUGGUUUAAGAAUUUUCCCUCUAUUUAAAUCUUUGAUUCACAUUCAGUAUGAAAGCUGGUACCGUUCAUGUAUAACUGAACCUCUUUUCACUCGGCUCUUUUUUAAACUGUUGUGCCUCCUUCUCUUCACAAUCUUACUUCUCCUUUCUUCCGCUCUGUAACCUCUUCCUCUUUUCUCUAAGUAUCAAGGGUUCUUUGCUUUCAUUUUAGGUUAGUGAAAUACUUGCACCAUGUUAAACCCUGAAUAGAGUUCAGUGUAUGGCUGUAAUAUUGGAUAUGACACUAAAAUACAUGAAGUGACUGUUGUUGGAUAUUCCAUAUUGUUUCUAAUUGGCAUGACUUAAGAUAUUUGAGUAUUUCUGAUGGGAUCCUGAAUCUGUUUACCGUAUGUUCAUCUAAUAUUAGGCUAUUUUUUGCGUUAAACUAAUUUCACAUAAUUUUUUUUUUUUACUCUGUCAAAUAUAAUUUCCUUCAUAGCCAUUUACCAUGUUCUUUAAUGAGUUGAAAUCAAAAACAUAUUUUCAUUGCUGUCUGCACAUCAGCCUAACAGAUGUUUUCGGUUUGACAGAGACCAUGUAAGUGAUUCUAUGCCCCAAUAAACAACUAAAGCGUGAACACUAUGUGUGCGCGGAUGCAAAGCAUCGGUGUGAAGAGCAGUUUUUAAGAAAUUUGCCAUUAUUUUCUAAAUGUGUUUUUAUAGACACUUGAAAGACACAAUAUCUUUUUCUUUGUUAUUCUCCGAGUAUUUCAGUGCAGUGGUAUGCUGUGUAAAUACUGUACAUUAGGUCAGUUUGAUCUGCACAGCGAUCUUUAUUACUUGUUUUGAAUUAGUUUCUUUUCCAUCUUAUUAAUAAAAUGAAGUGAACUGUCAAAAAUUUGGAACGCCGGUAAACUGUUAAACCUCACAUGGUGCAACACAACUCUUUCUUCCAGUCAUUUUGAAUGUUUAGUCCUAUAAAUGAUAAAAAAUGUAGAAAUAAAUGCAUUCUGAUGAUGGCAUGGGAUCAGAAUACAAGAUAGAUAGAUUUACAUAGAUAGAUUUACACUGUGAGCAGAGUAUAUACAGUGGAUUGCUCGUGAGCCAUUGAAUUGCACAGAACUUGCGACAUGGAGCCUCAGUGGUUUGUUACCAACAGAUAUGGUUUCAGUUUAGGCCUCAUGGUUGCCUGGUAACUGAACUGCUUUGACUCUUAAGACAAAGUCACUAAGUGAUAGAGAUUUGAUCCCGGCAGCAAACGGCUCAUGUAUUUUAUUGCAACAGUAUUUUGCAAUGGGCUCUCAGACUUGUUGACUCCAAUGUGAUUCAUUAUCAUUGAAGCUGUGUGUCUUCACCGCGUCAGCUUUCCUGUCACACUUCUCUGACCACAGGCAAUCUGACAGGAAACAGCACCUGUGCAUUGGUGUGUGUGUCUGUGUGUCUGUGUGUGUCCUGAAAAUCAUCUCUGGCUGAGAGAGUCGGACGGUAAGAAUUUCAAUAUCUUUCGCUGAAUUUUCAACAGUCAGACAUUUCUUAUGUGUUGCCUGGCUAUGCACAGUCAAUGACCAGAAUACAUUGUUGCAAAUAUCUGAGGAAUAUUUCCAGAUGGUUCCUCCGCUGCCUGAAGAGGAAGCCUUUCCUUUUUGCAUGUGGAGAUACACACUUGACAAACUUUAUCCUGGAAAUCCAACACCAUCAACAUCAAGGACUAUGCCAAUGAACUUUAUAUUUAAGGACUUUUCCCUUUGGUUUCUCAAGAUGAAAUAAAACUUGACUACUCCU